AUGUCGAUCACGCAUAUCGUUCUGUUCCAGUUCAAAUCCGGCCUUGAGCCCGCAGUCAUCAAAGACACAUGUGAUCGUAUGCUUGCCUUGAAGGAUAAUUGUCUGCAUCCGACCUCCCAAAAGCCAUACAUCGUGUCGUCAUCCGGCGGUUCCGAUAACUCACCCGAAGGUAUUCAGAAUGGCAUGACCCAUGCAUUUGUUGUUGAAUUCGCCAGUGCUGAAGACCGGGAUUACUACAUUCAGAAGGACCCGGCCCACUUGGCAUUUGUUCAAAGUCUGGGUGGUGUGGUUGAAAAAGCACAAGUCGUUGAUUAUACCCCUGGAGACUAUUGA